AUGCCUCAGGGAAGCCUUGAAGUUUUUCUUGUUAAUGCCAAAGGCCUCGACAACACUGAUUAUCUUUGUAACAUGGACCCUUAUGUGAUCCUCAUAUGUCGCACUCAGGAGCAAAAGAGCAGUGUUGCAACAGGUCACGGAAGUGAGCCAGAAUGGAACGAGAAUUUUGUAUUCAACGUGUCUGAAGGCGUUUCCGAUCUGAGAUUGAAGAUCAUGGACAGUGAUUCCACGACGGCUCAUGAUCUCGUCGGAGAAGCUACCAUUCCACUGGAUGCAUUGUAUAUUGAAGGAAGUAUCCCUCCAACUUCAUACAAUGUUGUCAAGGAUGGCCACUAUUGUGGAGAGAUUAAAAUUGGCCUAACUUUUACGCCUCAGGAUCGCAGCGAACGCUGCCUAGAGGAAAAUUUUGGAGGAUGGAAGGAGUCAGGCUACAGAGACUGAUUGUGUUCAUAUAGCAUUUCUGAGUCUCGAGUACUGGAGUAUUAACUUACAAGAGGAUCUUCACUUUUUAAAUUGCUUUAUCGUCAAUUGAUUAAAAUUAAUACCACAAACUCUA